GUGCAGGCUUCUGCCGGUUUCGGCCAACGAUAGCCGGGACCGGUAUUACACCGCCAUGCCAUUCAUUAUAAAAAGAGAGAGAAGGAUACAACAGGGCAAAAUAAGUCCAUUGUGAUUAUUCAUGGGACGAAGAAGCUGAAGCUACUCUUCAAGAAGCGUGCAGAAAUGAUCGAGACUAUCCCCAGUCAACAACAAAAGGAUACACAACAACCAGAGACAAGCGGCAAUAUACAACCUGAUUCGGUACAAGAAGCUGCACAUUCCGAACUCCAACAUAAUGCAAAGGAAGUGGAAACAUACUCCAUUGAAAAUGCUCCAUACUGCAUUUUACCCGAGCGUGAAAAGGUAACCCUAAUGAUACUUGCCUCUUUCGCCGCCAUCAUCUCGCCCAUGUCCAGCAGUAUCUAUUUCCCAGCAAUCAAUAAUAUUGCGAAAGACUUGAAUGUAUCAAUUACUUUGAUCAAUUUAACGGUUACGACAUACUUGAUCUUGCAAGGAAUUGCACCAUCACUCAUUGCAAACUUUUCGGAUAUACACGGCAGACGCCCUGCAUAUUUGAUAUGCUUUACUAUUUACAUAGCAGCAAAUAUUGGGUUGGCGCUACAAUCAUCAUAUGCGGCCCUCAUGGUGCUCCGUUGUCUGCAAAGCUCGGGGAGUAGUGGUACCAUAGCCCUCGGCAGUGCAACCGUAUCUGAUCUAUCAACCCGAGCCGAGCGAGGAAAAUAUAUUGGUUAUGCAACAAUGGGUGUUACACUCGGACCAGCCUUGGGACCGGUCAUUGGAGGCUUGUUAGACCACUUUCUUGGCUGGCGAUGGAUAUUUUGGUUUCUGGUCAUUCUGUCCAGCGCCUUCGGGGCAACAGUUGCUAUUAUUUAUCCUGAAACAUGCCGGGCAGUAGUUGGAAAUGGUUCCGUGCCGGCUCCUAAGUGGAAUCGUUCCGUGUAUCAAGUCGUGAAAAGUAAUUUAUGCCCGCAAAAGAUGUUCACUGGGCCGCCAAAUUAUGACACUUUACAGAAUAGGAAUAAACGCCGUGCAAAUCCUCUAGCUUCCGCUAUGAUUGCGACAGAGAAGGAAGCUUUCUUUAUUUUGAUAUACGGCUCACUCUUAUAUGCUGGAUUCAUGUCUGUCUUGAGCACACUGACAUCCGAGCUACAGCUUCGCUUCGAUUUCAACUCCAUUCAAAUUGGCUUAUGUUACCUUCCACUGGGCUUCGGCAGCUUAACUUCCCGAUGGACAGUGGGGUUUCUGCUGGAUAAGAACUUCAAGAGAGAAGCCAGGCGCCAAGGACUACCCAUUGUGAAAAACAGGCAACAAGAAAUUGAGAAAUUCAAUAUUGAAAUUGCUAGAUUGACCAUUACAAUUCCACUGGUGUACAUUGGUGCCUUAUGUCUUAUCGCAUAUGGUUGGGUUAUGGAGUACAAAACGUCACUGGCCGGACCAAUGGUGACGCUCUUUUUCAUGGGCCAUUGCAUUACAGGAGCUUUUAGCUCGCUCAAUACAUUGAUUGUUGACACUCAUCGUCAAAGUCCGGCUACAGCAGUGGCAGCAAAUAAUCUAUGGAGGUGCCUGGUUGGAGCCGGGGCUAUUGCAAUAGCAGCGCCAUUGAUUGAUCGCAUUGGAAUAGGCUGGACAGCAACUUUUAUUGCUUUCCUGUGGAUAUUUUUCAGUCCGAUUAUGUGGGCUGUAUAUAAAUGGGGGUAUGCGUGGCGAGAAAAAUCCCGGCUUGAGGAACAGGAGAGGACCAGCACAACCCAAGGAAACAGAGAGCUCUGAAUUGAUGUUAGCCAUCGUAAAAUCUUCGGCAAAAAAUCAAUUUCCACAAUUUUUACGUCAAGUACAUAUAUCAGUUAUGAAUAUGUCACAUCGAGAAAUAUGAUUUGACGCCCUUUCCAAAUAUCAACGUGAAAGCGACACGAUAUUCAAAUUCGGUUGAUCAAACACCAUCGACUCUUUAAUAACAGAUAUAC